GCAUGCGUUGCUAUGACAACGUUGUUAGGCUCAUUGCUUCGGUUAGCGUCUACGAGCUCUGUCAGCAUAUCCAUUCACACUUUCACUCACUUUUUCCCUUAUAUUUUUGUAAUAGAAGGAACCAAUGGACUCCAACACGCUGUACUACUCGUUGGAUCUUGUCUCCGGCAGCGGCCACGCUCUGAAUGGCGAGCAGAGGGCCGCUCUCCAGACAUCACUGGUCCUUCUGAAGAAGAACUACAAGUUCAACCGCGUCAUGUUCUGGGGCAAGAUAUUGGGAAUAAAGGAAGAUUAUUUCAUUGCCCAAGGGAAAGGACAUGAUGAGUUGAAGGACAAACAGUUUCUCUACAGCUUCAACUGUAUGGAGUGGCACCUGCUGCCCCCAGCAGACGACGCUAUGGUGGGGGAGGUGUCCCGGGCCGCCAAGGGUCGGUUCAUGGGGGAUCCCUCCCACGAGUACACCGACUAUCCCCUGAAGCGAGAGGGAGACGAGGCGACGGAGGCAGUAGAACUAAUCAAGGUGACAGAGGAGAGGAGGUUAGCGGUGACGGUCCACCUGAUCGACGAGGAGGUGUCUGUGGUACCGCGCGGCGCGUUCAACAGAACACAUCUGGGCCUCAUGAACAACAACCGCUGCUUCGAGGGGCUGUCUCACGCAGAAGCCGGGAAGCUGGAAAACUUUCUUCACUUCGCCAAACCCAAGAAGCUGAAGAAGAAGUUGAUCCAGGAGCAGGCCGACCUCGACCCCUCCAUCGACUUCCUGGACCCGCUGAGCGACGACGUACCAAAGGGGCAGUGGAGCCUGCAGUUGGAGAACGCCAGCAGCGUGUGUGUGCUCCGCAGCCUGCUGUGGAUGGGUCUGACGUUCUACCACGUGCCCAUGACGCCACAGCACGGCUACGUCUACUUUGGGUACGGCUGCAAGAACCUGGACCUGCCCUUCAUGCUCUAAACAAAUAUCGUCUCCUAUCCACGUGUGUGUGUGUGUGUGAGAGAGAGGUAGAGAGUGAGUGUGUACGUGUGUGAGUGUGAGAUCUUCAUGGCGUCAUCGGAAUGGAUCUUCACAAAACUAUUUUUUUGUUUGCGCUUUAACCAAAAUAAAUUGAGCCACAGACAUACA